UGGCCCCCGGGCUCUCUGGGCUCCGGCGCUCGGUUGUUCCGGCCCCACCCGCAGAAAACGGUCGUGCAACGAUGACGUCAGAGUCCUGGCUGGGCGUCGCGGACUCGGGAGAUGGAGGAGAAGGAGCAGUUGCGGCGGCAGAUCCGCCUCCUACAGGGUCUAAUUGAUGACUAUAAAAACCUCCAUGGCAAUGCCCCUGCCCUGGGCACCUCAGCUGCUUCUCCAUGGCAGCCAUCCACUUACCAGGGUGGCAGGGCCUUUGGUGCCCGCUACCCUCGUCCAAGUCGGAGGGGUUUCUCCUCACACCAUGGCCCUUCGUGGCACAAGAAAUACUCCCUUGUGAAUCAGCCUCCGGAAUCCUCUGCCCCAGCGAGUGAUCAUGCUUUGCAGACAUCUCUCAGGGCUGGGGGCAGCCAGUGGCCUGACCCCCAGCAGUAUGUGCUAGAGAGACAGGUCCAGCUCAAUCCAGAUCAGAACAUGGUCAUCAAAAUCAAACCGCCAUCAAAGUCUGGCUCUACCAAUGCUUCAUGCGUCCAGCGGGGCUCCUUAGAAGACUAUGAUGACCUGUCUUGGAGUGACCAAAGACCCCAGGAAGAUGAGGGUGAGCUCCCUGGUGGGCAACUGCAGCCCAGGCCAGGAAGAAUCAAGGCGGGCUACGGUGUGGAGGACCCCCUACUGGUCUGCCAGAAGGAGCCUGGCAAGCCCCGGGUAGUGAAGUCUGUGGGUAGGGUGAGUGACAACCCCUCAGAGCACCGGUGGACGGUCAGUGAGAGUGAAAUUACCAUCAAGGCACACUUCCCCACCUCUGUCCUUCCUUCAUGCCCUCGUGUGGCCCAGGGCCGGAAGGUGGGCCUUCAUUCUUCUUCAGUCUGUGCCGAACAGCUCAUUGGGGACCAGAGAGCAAAUGCUGACUGUACAGAUCAGCCAUCUCCCUUGGGCUCCGUGGUGGCUCCAGUCAGACCAGCCACAGGGACCAGGCAGGCCAGGGAGGCCUCCCUUCUAGUGUCUUGUCGAACGAACAAAUUCCGGAAAAACAACUACAAGUGGGUGGCUGCCUCAGCAAAGAGCCCCCGGGCUACUCGGAGAGCCCUCAGUCCCAGAACAGCUAUGGAGAGUAUGAACAAGGCCCCUUUUGGCACAGCUGGAAAGACAGAGAAACCACAGCCUAGUGCUGACCCAGAGACCAGACCUGGGAAGCUGGCUGCCUCCUCCAAGCUGGGGCCCUCCCCCAGCAAAUACAAGUGGAAGGCUUCCAGCCCCUCUGCUUCUUCCUCUUCCUCCUUCCGUUGGCAGUCAGAGACUGGCAGCAAGGACCAUACCUCUCAACUCUCUCCAGUCCCAUCUAGGUCUCCCCCAGGAGACAGGCUAGCAGUGGGACCUAGCAGCUUGAAGCCCAUCUUUGGAGAGACACCGCUUUCUGCUUACAAAGUGAAGAGCCGCACCAAGAUCAUCCGGAGACGUGGUGGCACCAGCCUUCCUGUGGAAAAGAAGAGCAGCCCCUUAGCUGCUGCCACCACCAAAACCCACCUCAGCCAGCGACGGAGACAGGCCCUCCGUGGAAAGAAUAGCCCCUUUCUGAGGAAGAACCCCCACAAGGGCCUGAUGCAGGUCGCUAGGCAUCGGCUGUGCUCCCUGCCACCCAGUCGGGCCCACCUCUCCACCAAGGAAGCAUCCAAUGUGCACCUACGGACUCCACCCUCCAGCAAGGUGAUCAAGACCCGCUACCGCAUCAUCAAAAAGACCCCAAGCUCUCCCCUCAGUGCUCCUCCCUUCCCCUUUCCUCUGCCCUCCUGGAGGGCCCGGCGGAGCUCCUCCAGGUCCUUGGUGCUGAACCGCCAACGUCCAGCUGUCACUGGGAGUGGGAAAGCCCCACCUGGCUCCCCUCGGUGGCGGAGCAAAGGCUAUCGCUGCAUAGGAGGGGUCCUCUACAAGGUGUCUGCCAACAAGCUCUCCAAGACCUCUAGCCGGCCCAGUGAUGGCAGCAAGUCCUUCCUCCGCACAGGGCGACUGGACCCUGCCACCAGCUGCAGUCGUUCCCUGGCCAGCCGGGCCAUCCAGCGUAGCCUGGCCAUCAUCCGGCAGGCAAAGCAGAAGAAAGAGAAGAAGAGAGAGUACUGCAUGUAUUAUAACCGCUUUGGCAGAUGUAACCGUGGUGAACGCUGCCCCUACAUCCAUGACCCUGAGAAGGUGGCCGUGUGUACCAGAUUUGUCCGGGGCACGUGCAAGAAGACAGAUGGAACCUGUCCUUUCUCCCACCAUGUGUCCAAGGAGAAAAUGCCCGUGUGCUCCUACUUCCUGAAGGGGAUCUGCAGCAACAGCAAUUGCCCCUACAGCCACGUGUAUGUGUCCCGCAAGGCCGAAGUCUGCAGUGACUUUCUCAAAGGCUACUGCCCGCUGGGUGCGAAGGUGAGGGGGCUGCAGUGCAAGAAGAAGCACACACUGCUCUGCCCUGACUUUGCCCGAAGGGGUGCUUGUCCCCGUGGUGCCCAGUGCCAACUGCUCCACCGUAACCAGAAGCGACACGGCCGUCGUGCAGCUGCACCCUCUACCCCAGGGUCCAGCGAUGGAACCCCCAGAGGCAGAGCCUCAGCUGGCCAUGGACUGAGGAAGCCCUCUGCUGCCCAGCGCCCUACCAAACAGAUGCCCAGCGGCCCAGCCUCCAGGACUAGAGCUCCAACCUCCCCUCCCCUCUUCCCAAGGGUGUUAGCCUCCACCUUUCCUUUGUCAUCAAAGGCCACUGCUGCCUCCUCCCCCUCCCCCUUUCCCUCUGCCAGCUCCCCCACCCACUCCUUGGACCAAGAGGAAACUGCCUCCGGGACAGGUGGGUCAGGCUCAGUGACAGGCUCCAGCAGCCUCUGCAAACUGCCGUCCUUCAUCUCCCUGCACUCCUCCCCAAGCCCAGGAGGCCAGACUGGGGCCCAGGCCCCCAGGAGCCCCCGCACCAUGGACUCAGGGAAGCCACUACACAUCAAACCACGCCUGUGAGGCCCCCGGGGACCAGCCCACACCUACCUCAGACCCUCACCCCUGGAGAGGAUGGAGGCUCUACCCACCACUGUUCUGAGGAGGAGCAACCCACUACGGAACCCAGCUGGAGCCACACACAAGGGGCCACAUAGCUCCACCCAUCUGGCGCUCAGUCUUCAGAUGCCUGGCUGUGCCCUGCCAAGUCUUGUUCUCCUCUCUCAAGCCAGGCCCCUGCCAUUCCCUUCCCCCUCCACCCCUCCCAGGCACUCAGCCUCACACCUAAGACUUGUUACCCACUCCCCACCCCUCAGGGUGCCAUGUGGGGCUCACCCUAGCCUGUGCCCUGCAGUGAGUGGGGCAGUAGCUCUGGGACUUGUUCCCCUAGCCCUCCCCAUCCAGGACUCCUGCCCAGGGAAUAGGUCACAGGCAGACCUCCCUGUUAGGCAUUUUAUGUCCAGCAAUAAAGGUUUUGUC